AUGACACACUUACAUGAGGCUGAGGACAGCGUCGAUUGGAUCAUUUACGUCGACGGAUCUUCCAAUAUCAAGGGAAGUGGUGCAGGAGUAAUAGUGGAAAGCCCUCAAGGUAUUACGGUGGAACAUUCUAUCCAUUUUGGAUUUAAAGCUUCAAACAACCAGGCUGAGUACGAAGCAGUCCUCGCAGGACUCGCCAUGGCCAAAGACUUGGGGGCAACAAACAUAAAUCUCAAGAGUGAUUCACAAUUAGUAACUGCUCAAGUUCAAGGAAGCUAUCAGGCCAAGGAGGCAUUAAUGAUAAAAUAUCUGGAAAAAGUGAGACUCCUACUAACAGAAUUUUGA